AGUUCUACACACUAUUCCUUAACUAAAAAUCCCAACACUAUUUAAUACACCCAUCUUCUUGAUUCUCCAAAACUCUGCUCUCGCCUCUACAUAUUCAAGAUUCAUAUUAGCAAAGAUUUUAUUUUUCUCAACUGAGUAAAAAGAAAAAAUCAUGAGAAUAUACCAAGAAAUGAAAGAUGAAGAAGCUCAAACAAGAAGUAUUACUACAAAUACUGUAACACCAACUGCAGCUUCAGUUGUAAUAACAGCAGCAGCAAGUGGAAAAAAAGAAGGAUGUAAUGGAUUAUUGGGUAAAGGUAAAUAUAAAUUGUGGGUAUUGGCUGCAAUUUUAUUGCUAGCUUUUUGGUCUAUGUUUACUGGCUCUCUCACUCUCAGUCUCAAUUGGUCUGCUGCUAAUCUCAGCCGUCUAUCUGAUGCUUCUGAUUUCUCGAUCCAUGAUGAUCUUGAUAUUCUGGAAUUGGAGGAAAAAGAGAAAGUGGUGAAACAUAUGUGGGAUGUGUACACACAGAGUAGCAGAAUCAGGUUGCCUAAGUUCUGGCAAGAAGCUUUCCAAGCAGCAUACCUAGAUUUGACAAGUGAUUCACCGGCUAUCCGAGACACUGCCGUGGCGGAGAUUGCCAAGAUGUCCAUGCGUUCCAUUUCCACUUAUGAAUCACCUUCCCACCAGCAGUCCGAACCAAGAGAAGUAAAGAAGGAAAGAGGAUCAAAAAGCGAGCCGAAGACGAUUACAAAGCAACAGCAAUAAUGGAAGUGCAGUGUGUCUAUUGAGAUGAAGAUAGAUGCAGAGUUGUGGUUGAACUCAUUAUUCUUGGUAGUCAUAGUAUUACCUACUAGAGCUUUGUUUUGAUAUCAAAUGAUCAAAUUUCAGUGAAGGCAAAGGUCUUCCUUUUGAUUUCCCAAGUCAAUAAUACCAUUUCAAAGCCAUUUAGUGGAUUAUGAUGUUACAGUGUUACUUCCUAUUCAAAGAUUUCUAGCCAGAAUCUUAUUAAAAAUGGGAGUGUAUGGAUUAAUUCGAAUCAAUAUGGAAUUAUUACCUCAUGCCCCUUA